GCUCCCCUCUGGAAACGCCAGAACGCUCUCCUCCAUCUCCAUCCCAAGGCUUGAGCCCGAAGCCUCUGCCGCCGCUGCUGCUGCCUCCUGUAGACCCACCUCUCCGAGGUUUCGUGCCGCGCUGCGCCGUUCGUCCGCCUGCAAGCAAGCAAGCAAAGCAAUGGGGUGUAAGGCGUGCGACAAGCCCAGGCCGAGCUACCGGAAGGGGCUGUGGUCGCCGGAGGAGGACCAGAAGCUGCGCGAUUACAUUCUCCGGCACGGCCACGGCUGCUGGAGCGCGCUUCCCGCCAAAGCCGGGCUCCAGCGGAACGGCAAGAGCUGCAGGCUGCGGUGGAUCAACUACCUGCGGCCGGGGCUGAAGCACGGCAUGUUCUCGCCGGAGGAGGAGGAGACGGUGAUGAGCCUCCACGCCGCCCUCGGCAACAAGUGGUCGAGGAUCGCACGGCAUUUACCGGGGAGGACCGACAACGAGGUGAAGAACUACUGGAACUCGUAUCUCAAGAAGAGGGUCGAGGGCGGCAAGGAGACGCCGCCGGCGGCGAGCUUCGCCGCGGACUCGGACGGGUCCCAGAGCCCGAGCCCAGGGGAGUUCAGUGCGGCGCAGGAACGGCCGUCGAACUCCGGCUCGUCGGAGCCGCCGCACGAGUCGUCGUCGGCCGACUCGAGCUGCCUGACCGUGACCGAGCCUACCGCCUGCAGGGCCCACGCGCCCGUGGCUCCCAAGGUGAUGUUCGCGGAUUGGCUCAACAUGGACUACAUCGGUGGCCAGGUGGCGGCGGCGGCACCUGGCCCGGAAGCCGCGGGGGUGGUUGGCGCAGGAAGCGGCGAUCAUCGUCAGAUCACGAGCCAGGGGUCCGCGCAGGUCGAUGGGCCACCCGGCGUGGAGGACCCCCUGCACGGCGGCUUCGGCGACAGCGGCACCUGCUGGGAGUUCCUGGAGCAGUUCGACAGCAUGGAUCAGAUGCAGGCCGGCGGCGGGUUCUGCGACCUGCUCUCCAUGACCGAGUUCUUCGGCCUCAACUAGAGCAUCGCCGCCAAGGGAGAAGGACUAUAGAGUUUCUUGAAAUUUGUUAGACAUUUCGUCAGGUUUAAGGCGCGUUUGUAAUGCUGCAGUGUAAAUUAUGGCCGUAUAUGCAAUGUAUGUAUGUAUAGAGCAAUCGAUUUGACAGCAUGUAUACUGGUGCAUGUGCAAUGCUGUCCGCUUUGGUUUGGUUCGGAGAGCAGAGCAGAGCACCGACAGUAAGAUGGAAAGGGUUCAGGAAGAAUGCACAUGUUGUUGAUUUGAUAUGCUCCUACUACUAGUUAAGGGUUAAUAUUAUCUUCCCGGAUCCCGCUUUA